GAGAGUGAGAAGUGCAAAUUAAAGUAGCGUUUCGAUGAGGUCUGGCACGGGAAACGAUGACAAAAGCAAGCGAAUUGCAGUCAUAAGCUCACACUUCGCUACUCACAAAGCCUCAAUGGCUUCUUCCGAGAAAGAAGCUGCUCUCUCCGCCGUUCCCUCCGAUUCUCCUACUAUAUUUGACAAAAUCAUCAACAAAGAAAUCCCGUCGAAGGUGGUUUUUGAAGACGAUCAGGUUCUUGCAUUUAGGGACAUCUCUCCCCAAGCUCCGACUCAUAUUUUGAUCAUUCCCAAAGUUAAGGAUGGCUUAACGGGACUAUCCAAGGCUGAGGAGAGGCACAUUGAUAUACUUGGUCGACUUCUUUACACGGCUAAGCUCGUUGCCAAACAGGAAGGUCUUGAUGAUGGCUUCAGAAUUGUGAUCAAUGAUGGGCCAGAUGGAUGCCAAUCAGUUUAUCACAUACAUCUUCACCUGCUUGGGGGACGGCAAUUGAACUGGCCUCCUGGCUAAUUGGAAAAAAUUGUUGGCAGUUUGGGCCAUGAGCGUGGAGAUAAUAUCCUAACUAGUCUAGCUUAUCUGCUCUCAUUGAAUCUAUAAAAUAUUAUGAAGCAGUUUGCAACUACUACCUGGCAUGUUGCUUCAAAUGGUAUGAAAUAUGAAUUAUACAAUUAUACAUAAUUAGCUUGUUAAGGGCUGGCUUCCUUGGACCAAAUAAAAGUGUACUAAUAAAAUGGAUUUAUGACUAGCCUUGAUUGUGUUA